UAUCAUUUGGAAAGAGGAAGAAGAAGAUACAGAAACAGAGCACCUUUCUACCUUUCUUAAUGAGAAGUUUGAUUGUCUCACCAUCUUCAGCUACUUUCUCCACUUCACCAUCAUCAUCACCACCAAGUCUACCCUUUUCACAUUCACUCAGCUCUCGAGUCUACAUUCCUGCCCAUGUAUACAAGCACCCCUGCGCCCUUCUCCUCGAACACUGCACUUCCAUGAAAGAGCUCAACCAAUUCCUUCCCCUGAUCAUAAAAAAUGGCCUUUAUAGCGAACAUCUCUUCCAGACUAAGCUUAUCGGUCUGUUCAACAAAUUCGGAAGACCCAUCGAUGCAGCUCGAGUAUUCGACCCUAUGGAAGGGAAAGUAGACGCAGUAUAUCGCUCAAUGCUUAAAGGGUAUACUCGAAACUCUUCUUUGAAUGAGGCUUUAUCAUUCUUCGUGAGAAUGAAAGCUGAUGGUAUUAAUCAUGUCGUGUAUGAUUUCGCUUACCUUUUGAAGGCUUGUGCGGACAAUUCUGAUGUUAGAAGAGGGAGAGAAGUUCAAGCCCAGCUGAUUGUUAAUGGGUACGCCGAGGAUGUGUUUAUAACAACAGCGGUUGUGAAUUUGUAUGCAAAAUGUGGGCUUAUUUAUGAGGCCUACAAGAUGUUCGACAGAAUGCCACAAAGGGAUUUGGUCUGUUGGAAUACGAUUAUUGCAGGUCAUGCUCAAAAUGGAUUCGCGGAGAAGGCUUUGGGAUUGGUGUCUAGAAUGCAAGAGGAGGGAAACAAGCCUGAUUUCAUCACUAUUGUCUCCAUUUUGCCUGCAGUUGCAAACACUCAGUCAGUUUGGAUUGGGAAAUCUAUUCAUGGGUAUGUUAUAAGAGCUGGCUUUGAAUCCAUGGUGAAUGUGUUAACUGCUUUAGUUGAUAUGUACUCAAAAUGCGGUUAUUUCGGAGUUGCCCGAUUGAUUUUCGACCAUAUGCCAAAUAGAAAUGCUGUUUCUUGGAAUUCCAUGAUCGAUGGGUAUACUCAAAACGGCGAUUCUGAGCAGGCAUUGCUUCUCUUCGAGAGGAUGAUGGACCAAGGGCUUAAGCCUACAAACGUCACAAUCAUGCAUGCUUUACAUGCUUGUGCUGAUUUAGGCGAUAUAAACAGGGGAGAAUCCGUUCACAAAUUGGCCGACGAACUAGGAUUGUCAUCCGACGUUUCCAUCACGAACUCCUUGAUUUCCAUGUAUUGUAAGAACAAACGAGCCGAUCUCGCGUCCAAACUCUUUGAUAAAAUGCCUAUGAAAACACUCGUUUCGUGGAAUGCCAUGAUAUUAGGCCAUGCCCAAAACGGAAACUCGAUCGAAGCUUUAACUGCCUUCUACAAAAUGCACGAGGAUAAUAUACGCCCCGAUUCGUUCACGAUGGUGGGCGUAAUCCCCGCCCUAGCCGAACUAUCCGUUCCUAGGCUCGCAAAGUGGAUCCAUGGGCUCUCCGUAAGGACCCGAUUGGAUAAGAAUGACCACGUAACAACCGCCCUUGUAGACAUGUACGCGAAAUGUGGAGCCAUCCGCACUGCGAGAAGGCUAUUCGACGCAAUCGACGAUCACCCGCAUGUGACUACGUGGAACGCGAUGAUCGACGGUUACGGGACCCACGGGCUUGGGAAAGAAGCUGUUGAGGUUUUCGAAGAAAUGCUGAACGGGCCCACGAAGCCCAACGACGUGACAUUUCUAUGCAUAAUAUCGGCUUGCAGUCAUUCAGGCAUGGUGGACGAGGGUCGACGUUUCUUCUCCAUGAUGGAGCAAGAUUACGGUCUUACACCUUCGAAAGAUCACUACGGGGCAAUAGUUGAUCUUUUGGGUCGAGCAGGGCAACUCAGCGAAGCGUGGGGUUUCAUUCAGAGCAUGCCCAUCGAGCCUGAAAUAAACGUGUUCGGGGCUAUGUUAGGUGCUUGUAAGAUACACAAAAACAUCGAUUUUGGGGAGAUGGCAGCUAAGAAAUUGUUCGAACUUCAUCCUAACGAAGGUGGUUAUCAUGUAUUGCUCGCGAACAUAUACGCGGGGGCUUCCAUGUGGGAUAAAGUGUCGGAAGUUAGAACUACAAUGAAGCGAAAAGGUCUUCUAAAAACACCCGGUUGUAGUUUAGUGGAUGUACAAAACGAGGUUCACACUUUCUAUUCGGGGAGUACUAACCAUCCUCAAUCGAGUAUGGUAUAUGCUUAUUUAGGAAAGCUUAUUGAUAGGAUUAAGGUCCUCGGUUAUUUGCCAGACACUAAUCAGAUCCAUGAUGUGGAAGAGGAUGUGCAAAUGCAAUUGCUCGGUACACAUAGUGAGAAGCUUGCCAUCGCGUUUGCAAUUUUGAAUACUAAACCGGGUAGUACUAUCCAUAUUAGGAAGAAUCUUCGAGUUUGUACCGAUUGUCAUAAUGCGACUAAGUACAUAUCGCUUGACACGGGACGGGAAAUUAUAGUUCGCGAUAUGCAUAGGUUUCACCAUUUUAAGAAUGGGGAAUGCUCAUGUGGAGAUUAUUGGUAAAAUUUAUGGAUUUUUCACUUGCCAAUUGCCAUUCACAUUGUAUACAUGAUUCUCAUUAUCUAUUGUUACAAAUGGUCAGCUUUCUUGCAAUACAAUGAUCAUGUCCCGAGACAAAGCUCCCCACUC